UGAUGGAGGGCAAUGGGAGCUGGAGUCAGCCUGAGGUGUGGGGGCUGAGGGCAGAGACGGUGGUGGUACCGGCGCUGUUCAGUCUGAUCCUGGCCCUGGGGACCGCGGGCAAUGUGCUGGUGGUGGCGGCGUUGCUCAGACAGAGACACAGACACAGACACAGACACAGCCCGAGCACCACAGAGCUGUUCAUCCUGAACCUGGCCCUGGCCGACCUGGGCUUCCUGCUGUGCUGUGUGCCAUUCCAGGCCACGAUCUACACCCUCCGCACUUGGCUGUUCGGAUCCUUCCUGUGCAAAGCCGUACAUUUCAUCAUCUUCCUCAGUAUGUACAGCAGUGUCUACACACUCACCGCCGUGUCUGUGGACAGGUCAGUGCCCUCACACACUCACACUCACACACACACUACACACUCACCGCCGUGUCUGUGGACAGUCAUCAAAUUGAGUAAGUGGUCUAUUGGCAGAGCAACAGGUCCUGCUCCUGGCGUCCAAAAAGUGUCUGGAAACGACUUUCUGUACUUGUAG